AUGAAGUCGCGCAUAUGUCCCGCUCUGGUGCCGCUGGCCGGCCUACUUUCCUUGACGAAUGCGCUCACUCUGGACCUCAACAGCUUAGAUUCGAUCAAGUCUGUUACCUCUACAUUAGCAUACGAUAUGAUGACCUAUUAUUCGGGCAAUCAGUCCGGUCAAGUGCCAGGUUUACUGCCGGGGCCGUGUGACUCGACUGCUUGUUAUUACUGGUGGGAGGCUGGCGCGAUGUUUGGAUCUCUUAUCAAUUACUGGCAGUAUACUGGGGACGACAGCUACAACUCCGUCGUGACGCAAGCUUUACAGUUUCAGGUUGGACCCGAAGAGAACUUCAAUCCUCCCAACCAGAGCAAGAACAUGGGGGUGGACGACCAAGCAUUCUGGGCAUUCACGGCCAUGGACGCUGCUGAAGCCAAUCUGCCGGAUGUUGGAGGCGAUGCCCCUUCUUGGCUGGCUCUGGCUCAAGCAGUGUUCAAUUUUCAAUCGACUCUCUGGGACGCUGCAACGUGCAACGGGGGGAUGAGGUGGCAGGUGUAUUCUUUCAAUUCGGGCUACAAUCUGAAGAACACCAUCUCCAACGGCGGAAACUUUCAACUGGCGGCGCGUCUGGCUCGAUACACCGGGAACCAGUCCUAUGCGGACUGGGCAAUCCAGAUGUGGGAUUGGAUGGAAGCGAGCCCGUUAUUUCAAUAUCAGGAUGACGUCCUCUACAUCUGGGACAACACGGAUGUGAACAACAACUGCACGGAUGUGGCACAUUAUGCAUGGACCUACAACUACGGCACGAUGCUCAUGGGAGCUGCUGCCAUGUACAACUUCACCAAUGGGGCUGAACCGUGGGGGACCCGGGUCAACCAGAUCCUGCAGGGCGCCUUCAACCUAUUUUUCCCCGCGGAAUAUGGCGGCGACAUUAUGACCGAGUUCCAAUGUGAACCAACCAUGGUGUGCAACAACGACCAAAGCAGUUUCAAAGCCUACUUGUCUCGUUGGAUGGCGGUUACCGCCUUGAUCGUGCCCAAUACUUACGACAUGAUUAUGCCCAAGCUGCGGGCAAGCGCUAACGCCGCGGCACAGCAAUGUACCGGAGGGGAUAAUGGGCGCAUGUGUGGGCGACGGUGGUAUUCAAAUUUUGAUGGCUCCACGGGCGUGGGACAACAGAUGCAAGCACUUGCCGUCAUCGGAGCAUCAACUGUACGUCCAGAAAUCGCGCCCAAGACGGCCAAUACCGGAGGCACAUCCGAGAGUAAUCCCGAGGCUGGGACGGACAUCGACGCGGAUCCAAUCCAACACUCACCCAUUACCAAGGGAGAUCAAGCUGGCGCCGGUAUUUUGACCGUCUUGUGUGUCGGCAUCAUUGUGGGAGGUACCAUUUGGAUUGUUUUAUAG